AUGUCGGAAAUCAUCCCCGUCACAGAAUGGCCAGACUACAGCGUCGACCCUCAAGGCGGCGAUCCUUUCACCCAGGACCUCAACGCUCCGUAUGACAAGGGUGACAUGUGCUGGAUCCUCGUCUGUACGAUUCUAUGCUGGCAAAUCACGCCUGCCAUCGGCUGGCUCUACGCCGGCAUGCACCAACGCAGGAAGUCGGCGUUGACCAUGAUCUUCCAGUCCCUGUUCUGCGCGUGCGCGUGCGGCAUCCAAUUCUGGAUCUACGGCUACUCGCUGUACCAGUCGCACACGACGAACGAGAUCCUAGGCGACGUCAGCCUGGCAGCCUUGCACAACGUGCUCGCCGCGCCAUCGCUCGCCAACUCCGACAUUCCGGAUCUUUUGUACGCGUGUUUCGGCUUUACUUUUGUCACCGCGACCGCCAUGAUCCUGUCCGGCGCCAUGCUCGAGCGCGGCCGCCUGUGGCCCAGCAUGCUGUUCCUGCUCUGCUGGACCACGUUCGUCUACUACAUCCUCGCCUACUGGGAGUGGAACCCGUCCGGCUGGCUGUACAACCUGGGCGUCUACGACUUUGCCGGCUCCGGACCCGUGCAUAUCGCGAGCGGAUUCAGCGCUCUGGCAUGGAGUCUCAUGCUCGGACCUCGCAUCAGCGAACACACCUCAGGCGAGAGGGCCAAGAUUAUCCAUGCAAAGCCUCACAAUCCAUUUCUCGUCGGCAUAGGAACGUGCUUCAUCUGGUUUGGAUGGUUCGCUUUUAACGGCGCCAGCACGGCAAACCUAUCUCUUCGCUCCGUAUACGUCGUCGUCAACACCAACCUAGCAGCCUGUGGAGGUGGCAUCGGCUGGACGCUACUUGAGUACUUCUAUACCGGGAAAUUCAGCAUUCUCGGAUUCUGUUCUGGCAUUAUUUCUGGCCUCGUUGGAAUCACACCAGCUGCUGGUUUUGUACCCAUCUACGUGGCAGCCCUCGUGGGCCUCCUGACGUCGAUCGCGUGUUUCUACACCAACAGGUACAAGCACCUCAUCUCGAUCGACGAGGGCCUGGACAUCUUCGCGCUCCACGGCGUGGGCGGGUACGUCGGGGACCUGCUGACGGGCCUGUUCGCGGCGAGCUUCGUGCCGGCGCUCGACGGCGUCAGCGGCGACAGCUACGCCGGCGGCUGGUGGAACCGCCACUGGGUGCAGCUGGGGUACCAGUUCGCCGCGGCCACGACGUGCGCCGCGUGGAGCUUCGUCGUCAGCUGCAUCCUGCUGUUCAUCAUCGACCGCAUCCCCGGCUGCAAGCUGCGCGUCAAGGAGGAGGACGAGGCCCGCGGCCUGGACUUCAAGUACCUCUCCGACGCGCACUGGGACGACAUGGGCCGCGGCAGCCUGGCCAUGACCAGGGUCGAGGUCGAGACGGGGAUGCCCGUCGUCAGCGGCGAGGGCGUGCCGUUUUCCCCCUCCGGCUCCGGGAGCGAGAGCGGUGACAACAACAACACCGUCGUCAAGGGUGGCGGUGGCAACGGGGCCGCACCGACCGAGAGGGACGGCGCGGUGCCGAUGAAGAGGGAGUAA